CAUUGUUCACCGACUCUGUACUGUGUAGUUCUCUGUAGUCCAUUCAAGAGUUCCAUGAUUUUCUGGAUGGCUGUAAAAUGGGUGUACCCCCAAUCUGUCAGGAAUACAACCUUGUUUACUUUAACCAUGUGAUGUAACAACUUCGGGGAAUUCUGGCUGUUGAAUAAGGAAAAAAUACCAGAACUGCUGAUCUUACAAGUUGUGUUUUGAUUUGAUAAUUGUGAGUUACAAUACAAGGCCUAUAUUUACUACAAGUACCUUCUGACACGUAGAUUCUUCAGCAGACGUUUACUUUGAUACCAGAACCAAAGCAGUGCUUACUCAAACAUCACAUAAUUCCAUGGCGAACGUAAAGGAACAGGUGGCAAAGGUGCGAGAAGUUGUGCCACAUAUCAAGAAAGAAGAUAUUCUUCUUGUCCUUCAACAUUUUGAUGGCGAUGUGCAGAGGACAAUACAAGCCUUCAUGGAAGGUGGAGCUGAUGAUAUCCUUAAGGAAUGGAAUAUACCAAAUAAACGCAAGACUGGAAAUAACAUGAAUAAGAAGAACAAGAAAAGAAAGCCCAAGCAAUCCCAAGAGGAGAAACCCCAAGAGGAGAACGGCGAGGGGAGGAUCUCUAAUGGUCUACAGGAAGAGCAUCCUUCAAACAAUAACAAUAUAGAUAAACCUGUUGAGUCCAAGAUGGACAUUAAACCUGGUCCCAAGACAGAAGAGAUAACGCCAAAGGCAGGUACUCAACAACCCAAGUCAGGGGUGACAUCCAACGUCCAGAAACCUCAACCUCAACAACAAAGCCAUCCUAAGCCUGUAAAUAGUCCUCAACAACAGCGCAAACCUCAACAACACAAACAACAACAAGAACAACAACACAGCAAUAACAACAAGAAGGUGGACACUGCGUCCAAACCAAAGGGCGAGAGUGGACGAAGCGUUCACAAACAGUCUCAGGAGAAGCACCCAACACAAACCUCUUCAGACGGAUCAGCUCAUCAUAAAACUAGCAAUAAACCAGCCUCUGGACCUGCAGCUGGUGGCAGGAAAGGCAAAGAUGACCCGGGUCAAAGGUCAGGUCAAACUGGAGCCCCAAAGCAAGGUCAAAGUGCAGAGGGUGGUAGCAAGCGUGAACGGACCGUGAGUGAGUCAAGCUCAGUGACUGACUCAAGAUUUAAAAAGCCAGGUUUAACAUUAGACAAAUCAUCCAAAGACCUCCAGAGGACGGCAGUUUCACUUACACGUCACAAGAACCUUCUUGCUGAAGAGAUAGACAAAGCUGAGAAGAGAUUGAAGAAAGCGUUCGAUGGCGCAAGAUCAAGCUUAAGUACCAAAGAAGAAGAACUGAUGAGACAGCUCCUAGAGGUCAAACGACGUGCAACAUCACUCCUUGAUGAGCGCCAGCACAAAGCGUUUGAGUUGAAGCAAGAGACAAAUAGAUCAGCCAGUAAGACGGACCAAGAGCUGCUGGAACUUAGAGCUGAUAUCAAGCACUUUGUGUCUGAGAGGAAGAUUGAUGAAGAUAUUGGACGUACACCACGUUUUACUGGAAGCAUUGACCCACUACAGACAGCAAUCAAAGAGUUUGGCGAGGUCAUCCCAGUCAAGACUGUGUAUUCCACACGCCGUCCGUCCCUAACAUCCCUCACAAGCAUAGAAAGCCUAAGCCGUCCUACAUCAAUCAGUGAUGACCGCAGUGGGAACUUCAGCCACUCUUCGACAACCGUAGAAAGCAGGCCAAAAGAUGCCAGUUCUGUGCCAGUCACACCGACGUCCCCCGAUGUUGACAUCGAGUCCGAGGUUGCCAAGAUGGCCGCCAAGAUGCAGCGGUCCCUUCAGACCCAGGGCCAAAGAGGGAGAGGACCUAGGAAUCCCAGACAACAAGGCAACAAUAAUAGACAGGGUUACCAAGGCAGCAAUCCUCGACAGGGUCAGUCUGCCAAAGAGGGCAGCAGACCGGACCAACGAGGGAACAACAACAACAGAGGGCGUCAAGAGGGGAACCAAGUUUACCAAAACAGCCAACACAAAGGUGACAACAGGCAGCAGAGUGACAAACCACAUCACGACCGACCACACAGUGACAAGCCUCGCAAUGACCGUCCUCGGAAUGACCGUCCACGGAAUGACAGAGGAGAGGGUAGCCGAGGUAAAGACGAACAAGGCCCCCGCAACAAGGACAGAAACAUCCGUCGUCGUGAGCAGUACAGAAGAAGACAUGAUCAAGAAGGUAGCACUGAGAAGGAGGUUGGAGCUACCGUGACAGGCCCCGAUAGUAUACCCAUCCCUCAGAAUGGACCAUCAACAGAUGUAGCUGACAAGAAGACAGCGCCUGUAGUCGGUAAGAAUCAAGCUAAUGAUGAGAAGAAGAAAGAAGUACCUGCUGUAGACAAAGCAGCUCCUGUUAAGGACACAACCCUGUCUCCUGCUGUUGAGAAGACCGAAGUGCCUUCAGUGAAUGGUAGCAUCUCAACAGAAGACCUGAAGCCCUCCAAGCCAAAAUCACCAGCACACCAUGACCAGCAGAUCAUCUCUAAGAACGAGAAGAAAGAUGUCCCUGUGAUGAUGAACGGGAACGCAGGAAGCAGCCCCGAGUCCAAGCCCACAGAGGCCCUACCACAACGUAAACCUCGCGAGAAUCGCAACCGGAAGAAGGCAGAGGAUAAGGUGAUGGAGACGCCGGUCGUCAACGGCAUUGUGAACGGUGAAGCGGAGCCUGUCAUGGUGAAUGGAGAGAGCAAUGGACAUUGAAAGAACCACAUACUGCGGUCACGAUAUGGACAGUCAAGGUCACAAUCAGUAUUGAGUGAGCGGUCAAUCACAAAUAUUUUUAAAUAACAAAAAUAUAUAUAGCAUCUCAGAUGGCAUUUUGAGGGAUGAUUGAAUCCUGCUGCACGUUGAAUCUGUCCCUGAAAGUAAAGCACAAACUACUGGAGGAUAGUGAAGAAUAUUCUUGCAAUAAUUCUACUUAAAAAAUACUAAAAACCUCGGUAAGGUAAAGAAACACAUCUGUAUUAUUCUUUCGUUUAUAUAAGGAGUAAUCGUGGAGGAUUUUGCAUGCAUUUGAAUGUGGGAUUUGGUUUUUGUUCUGUACUUAAUGACCUGUCCUGAACCUUGAAUCAAUCUGAAUGCUGCAGUUUUAUGUCGAAAAAAAAAAAAAAUGUAACCAUAUAUAUUAUUCACUCAUAUCGUAAAAUAUUUUGUUUUGAUAGAAAUUAGAGCUUUUAAAGUUUAUGUUUAAACAAAAACCUUGUAUCUUAAAUAGCAAAUAAUGUUGUGUGUGCUGCCCUGUUAAAAAGCGUUGGUAUAAUUUAGAGGAUUAUUAAAACUGUAUGAUAGAAAAGGCGUCGUUGUUGAUAUACACUAUUGGUUUCAGCAGAAGUGUACAAGAGAGGCUGUUAACUUAAAAAAAAACAAGAAUGAACACUGCAGGUGGACAGUAAUUUAUUGAUCAUAGAUUUUAAGGUAACGGAUCUUAAGUUAAAUUAAAAGGAAAUGCUAAAGCUUGCUCUAAGUACAACUUAAAAUAGUUAUUAGUGAGUGGCAGAAAGUCACUUGAACUUUAAGAAAAGUAAAAUACCUCAGAAACAUUUAACACCUUUAUGUAGAUAUUCAAAUUUAUUUUCAAAAUUCUUUUCAAAGAGAUAUUAUUCAGUGAUGGAAUUUGAAUGAAAUUAUGUUCAUAUUUACGCUUCCAAAAAGUCUUGCAUUUUGGAGCAAUAUUUCAGGUCAAAGAGUUUAAUUUCUGAAGGUGUUCCGCCAUAGAGGGCGCUUUCAUUUAAGAGUUGAUGUCUAUGAGGACUUUCUUAAGAGACACUUGACUAAAACAAGGGGCUUUAAAGUGUCUUGUAUUGGGCUCUGAAUAAUGUUGAAAACCCCAUGCAAAAUGCACACUGCUCUUCAAUUCGUCAGGCCAUUAACUAUUCUUUGCUCAAUUUCCCUCAAGAGCCAAAAACAGAAACAAUCGGUAGACUACUCAUUUUGACUUUAUUAGUGGUUUCGAUUUUAGUUGAUUGGUAUUUAUAAGAAAGAACCUGGAAUUGCAUUUACACAAAGUGCCAAAAAGUUUACAAACGACGCGCUGCAAACAGACCAUGUUUGAAUAGACAGUAUUUUGAAUCAAAUAAUUACUCAUGUUAAACACAUUAUGGACAAGAUCGAAAACCGUGACCAGAUAACUAACCAGUAAUGUUAAAAUUAGCUUAGCUUCAAACCAAUUUUUCCUUCUGAAAACACAUUCAUGGAUGCAGAAUUUUCCUUGAUUUGGGAGGGAAAAUACUUUUAAAAAUGACACUUGUUUUCUUUUGGGACAAAUAUUUACGCUCGGAAUGUCAAGUUGCUUCUAUUUUUGGCAGCAUUGUAUAAAUUUUAUUUUUAUAUGCUAUGAGGAUUGAGUUGGCAUUUCACUUUAAUCAUCCACAACUUUGAUGCUUAAUAUAAUCGGAAGUUAAUGUAGAAAGCUUGAUUGAAUAUGUUGCCAGUUAGAUGUCUUAAGUUGGUUGAUAACUCGAGCAAAGCGUGUUAUUUAAACAUUUCUUUGUUAUCACUUGAUAUUUUACAUAAUUUUAGUAUUGCGAGCGUAACGACCAUUCUAGUGUGACUUUCGACCUUGGUUUUUUGAAAGAAAAAACCAUAAAUAAGUAAAUGUUUCGUCUGGAAUUCAUGAAAACUUUAACAUUCCUAUCAUACCUGUCUUUUUGAGCUUGACAAAAAAGCUAAACGAUGAAAAUGCCCUAAUAUAGAUGUAAGCACUUGUAAUGUAUGCACUAUUAAGUGAUAUGAAACCAAAACUUAGGGACCAGACUUAUACAUAAUAUCCUUGUUUAUUCUCUAUGACGUCAUGAAAUGUGUUGUGGUUCCAGACCAAAAUCUCCCAAACCAAUUUGGAGAAAGUCUGGUUGUAUUUAGACUCAGCAAUUUUUUUUUAUUUGUCAAGUCUGGAGAGGUUUUAAGCUGAGCGUAAAAAUUUAUUCGUUGACAGUAUUUCUGUAAAAAACAAAAAAAAUAAUUUAUGACAAUUAAUUAACUGACUUGUUGACAUUUGACCAUUUAAAAGUAUAGUGUUGUUGUGGUAAGGCGCUGUUCAUUAUUAUUUUUUUUUUUCAUUCACACAUGUUGAAUUCAGUUAAGGUGAAUAUUUUUCAUUUGUUGGUGUUACAAGUGGGAUUGUGAAAGCUUCAAUGAACAAUUCUUAAGAGUAAGCACAAGUUUCUAUGUUGAUUCAUCUUUACCCAGUGAGUUUGUAGCUGUGCGAUGGUUAGAUGAUUAGCUUGUUUAUCAUUGUAUUCUGUAGUGAGGAAAACUAGUGACUAAAGUUUGCGUUAUUCCGUUUCGUUGAGUAGUCUUCAGACUGUCCAAUUUGGGGAUCGAAAAUCAGAUGGUUUGCACUAAGUGUCAUCUACGGCCAUAUUUGAUGAUAAACAAAGGAAAAGUGCUUGGUGUUUGCGCUGCGCACAACUCUCAGCCAAUAAGAGCCUUGCACACGUGCACAUUUCAUCGCAUAUGGCAUUCGAUGAUGCGUAGUGCAACCCAUCUAUAAAAAGAAAUCGUUGAGGAGUUUUACAAUUUUAACUUAUAAAACAUUUGAUACUUUUUACCUGCAAGCUUUUAGUCACUCGUUCGAUGUAAAAUGGAUGUAAAAACCAGAUAUGAAACUGCCUAUGUAAUGAAGAGAUCACCUUUGAUAUCUCAUCUAUUUUUGUGAUCAUAAAAAAAUGUAUAUUGAAGUAUAAAUAUGUAAAAAAAAAAAAAGGGUAAAAAAAAGAAAGAAAAAAAAGAGAGACAAUAUGUAGAACCUUAAUGUUCAAGUAUGAUGUUUGGCUUACUGGCAAAUGCCUUCUUUUCUACAAAUUUUCCUACUGACAAAUGCACUUGUAUUUAAACAUUUCUAUAUAAACUUUGAUUUUCUAUGUUUUUUUCCCUAACUGCUGUGGCGUAUUUCAGAUGACUUGUCAAGUUUUCACCGAUGCGGCAAUCAACAAAAUCAAUAUGUAAUCAAAACCUUUAGAGAUGUUAAAUUGAUUUAUUAUUUUUACAUUCUGGUCACGAUUUCAGGGAUCACUUUUAUGUUUUUGUGUUGUUGACAAAUCAUUUCAGUGAGUGCCUUAAGAAUUUUUUAUCGUUAACCUUUGCUACUUUCUGGUUUAAUUAGCUGGCUACAACUCGGGAAUAGAAAGAGAAAACAAAAACCGCUAAACAUAAACAAAGCAAGAAGUAUUGAAAUUGGUUUUAUUUGAAUUGAAAUACUCAUGCUAAGUGCUUACUAUAACCAAGCACAAACACAGUGGGUUUCUAACAGAAUGAUAAAACGCAUUCACUCAAUUUAGUCUUAUACUUUAAACAAAGGCAUGCCAACCAAAUCACUUUGUAUUUUAUGUGAUGACUAUCGGAGUUAUUGAUAACGGCACUCUAUGUAGGUACCUGUUAUUUUUAAACAAAGGCGUAGUAUCUACACUUGCCAACCAAAUCACUUUGUAUUUUAUGUGAUAACGGCACUCUAUGUAGGUACCUGUUAUUUUUUCAAUAGAGAUUUGAUUCACCGGAAUUAUCAGAUAUCAACAACUGUAUUUAAAGCUGCGUUUAUUACUUAAUCUGAAAAACCCUUGAUAUUCAAUAAAUAUUUCAUCAAAUGAAUAAA